AUGAAUUACUUACCAAACUCUUUACAACACAUUCGAUGUUUAGAAUUCUUUAGUGGAAUAGGUGGUCUUCAUUAUUCUUUUAAUCUUGCAUGUCCUCUUGGGAAAGUUGUGGCUAGUUUUGAUAUAAAUAUUAUAGCAAAUGCAACGUACAGGCAUAAUUUUGGCAAAGCUCCAAAAACGAAAGGAAUAGAUUUUUUAAGAUUAGAUGACAUUGAAAAAUAUAAUGCAAAUUGUUGGUUAAUGAGUCCACCAUGUCAACCAUAUACACGUGGUGGAAAAGGAUUAGAUGAUCAAGAUCCAAGAGCAAAAGGGCUACUUCAUUUAAUUGAUAUUUUACCAAAACUAUCUAAUCCACCAAUUUAUAUUUUUCUUGAAAAUGUGUUGAACUUUGAGAAAUCAAAAUCUCGAGAAAAACUUAUUUCUCAAUUAUGUCAGAUGAAUUAUGAAAUUCAUGAAUGUUUAUUAACUCCUUUACAAUUUGGUAUUCCAAAUGAUCGAUUGCGAUACUAUUUGAUGGCACAGAAAAUACAAACGUUUAAUAAUCAUGAGAAGGUGAUCACUCCACAGAAAUACUUUGAACAAGCUACAAUACAUACAUCUUGGCCAUUCGAAUGCAUGUUAAAUAAUAGAGAAGAUGAUAAAUGUCAUCAUUGGAAACAGCAACAGGGUCAAGAACUUUCCGAAUUCACUAUUCCUGAACUGAGCAAUUAUAUUGAGAAUCUUAUAGAUGAAACAGAAUUAAAAAAAUAUCUAGUUCCUGAAAAGUAUAUUUUAAAAAGUUUUAAUUUUAAAUUUGAUAUUAUAAGACCGACUGAUAAACGAUGUUCAUGUUUUACAAAAUCCUAUGGAAGUCAUCAUAUAUUUGGAAGUGGUUCACUUAUACAAACUAAAAAUUUAGAGAUUGCAAAAUUACAUGCAUUUCCUUUAAAAUCUCAAUUAUCAACAAAUUUAAGUAUAACAAAUGAAAGUUCAGUUAAUAACUAUACUCCAAAACUAUAUAAUAAUUUUAAAUUAAUGCAACCAUCAUUUUAUUUGGAAUUUCCUGACGAUGUUAGUAUAAUUCCAAAAUAUAGAUUAUUAGGAAAUAGUUUAAAU